GGAUCUGCUCCACUAACGGGGAAGCGACGACGGCAGUUUAAUCUUUCAUCGUGGAAAUAAAAAGAGGUGAACAGCGGGACGAAUACUCCAGAAACGGUCUCCGCCUCCAGCCAAGAUGAUCCACAGCCUGUUCCUGGUCAACGCCUCGGGGGACAUUUUCCUGGAGAAGCACUGGAAGAGCGUGGUCAGCCGCUCUGUGUGCGACUACUUCUUCGAGGCUCAGGAGCGCGCGACCGAGCCGGAGAAUGUCCCACCAGUGAUCCCCACGCCGCAUCACUACCUGAUCAGUGUGCUCAGGCAUCGCAUCUACUUUGUCGCGGUCAUCCAGAGCGAGGUGCCGCCGCUGUUCGUCAUCGAGUUUCUGCACAGAGUCGUCGACACAUUCCAGGAUUAUUUUGGAGUGUGUACAGAGGCCGCCAUUAAAGACAACGUAGUAGUUGUCUAUGAACUUCUGGAAGAGAUGCUGGACAACGGCUUCCCGCUGGCCACAGAGUCCAACAUCCUCAAGGAGCUCAUCAAACCUCCCACAAUCCUCCGCACCAUGGUCAACACUAUCACAGGCAGCACCAAUGUCGGUGAACAGCUCCCCACAGGCCAGCUGUCAGUGGUGCCAUGGCGACGCACCGGAGUCAAAUACACCAACAACGAAGCUUACUUUGACGUGGUGGAGGAGAUUGACGCCAUCAUCGAUAAAUCAGGCUCCACCAUCACCGCAGAAAUCCAGGGAGUUAUUGACGCCUGUGUCAAACUGACAGGCAUGCCCGACCUCACUCUCUCGUUCAUGAAUCCUCGGCUGCUGGAUGAUGUCAGCUUCCACCCGUGUGUUCGGUUCAAGCGCUGGGAAGCCGAGCGGAUCCUCUCCUUCAUCCCCCCUGACGGAAACUUCCGCUUGCUCUCCUACCACGUCAGCUCUCAGAACCUGGUAGCAAUCCCGGUCUACGUCAAACACAACAUCACCUUCCGGGAGGGGAGCUCUCAGGGCCGCUUUGACUUGACCCUGGGACCCAAACAGACCAUGGGCAAGGCGGUGGAGUCUGUGCUAGUCAGCAGCCAGCUGCCCCGGGGGGUCCUCAAUGCUAACCUCAACCCCUCCCAGGGAACGUACACCUUCGACCCGGUUACAAAGAUGUUGUCGUGGGAUGUCGGAAAGAUCAACCCACAGAAGCUCCCCAGUCUGAAAGGAACGAUGAGCCUGCAGGCCGGAGCCUCCAAACCCGACGAGAACCCCACCAUCAACAUCCAGCUCAAGAUCCAACAGAUGGCCAUCUCAGGGCUGAAAGUGAACCGGCUGGACAUGUACGGUGAGAAGUACAAACCUUUCAAAGGCAUCAAGUACAUGACCAAGGCCGGCAAGUUCCAGGUGCGGACAUAAAGGGGCCGGCGCUCAGUGCCCACCGGACCAAACCACCAUGAGACUGAGGACUGACGUGAGGGGGGGGGGGCGGGGCGGGGGCGUGGAGUUGGUACAUUCCCUGUGUUUAUGCAUUUCAGGAUUAACUGAAAAUAUUGAAGGCUCCUUGUAGCAGUUAAGAACGGACCAUUGCACAUCAAAAAGAAAAGCAUCAUAUGUCUCAUAGACAGGUUAGAUCUCUGGACCCAUCUCGAGGUCAGACCCUGAUCCAUCUGUUUCAUUUUAACAGAUUUUAUUUUUUUUCAUUAAUCAUUUUCCUCCUGACCCCGCUGAUGUCACGCUGUCCCGCCUGAAGGUCUGUCAGUUUGUGUCCAUUCAGCCUCCAUUAAGGUCAUCACAUUCAAAGUGAUUCUACAAUGUCGUAAAGUUGGCAUCCCAGUCUGUGAGUCCGCAGUGCCUUUACUUACGGCGUUGCUGAAGCACGGCGAGCAGAGACACAGCUGAAGCUCCACACACACACACACACACACACACACACACACACACACACACACACACACACACACACACACACACAC